AUGCCUUCACUAAAGGACCUCAAUUGCGCCAUCGAGCUAUCCGGGAGUCAACAAGCAUUGCGAGAGUUCGGCACCAUAUACGGCGACGGCUUCGUAGAAACUUUCGUUCCCGUACCCAGCAAGCCACAGUCUUUCUCCAUCCACCUCACUUCCAACAAGUUCAUCGCUCCAGGCGUCGCCAUCUUCGUCUACGUCGACGGUGUUUACCAGUGCAACCGCAAUAGGCAGGACUUGAAGCUACGGAAGCCUUCCGAUAGUCGCUCUCUUGUCGACUUUCGCGUAAGGCAGAAGGAAGAAAGACAAAAAGAUGGAUCGAUGAUUGCGAGGGAGUGGGCUUUUGAUAAACUCAACAUUGCUUCAGCGGAUGAUGCACCGAACAUUUGUUCGCCAAACAUUCUCGACAACAUAGGCUGCAUCGAAGUCGUCGUUCUACGAUGCGCCGGUACGCGCAAUGCCAACUCUGCCUCAGCGAUGAACUUUGAUGGAGCAGGAGACUUCCCAGAUCACCGGUUUGGCGUAGACGAUAGCUCAUCGCCAUCUAACGAGAGGUCUAUGUACGAUGAUAGAGGGCCAUUCUUCAGCAACUUUGGCAAUAGCCAUGGUCCACCACCGCCUCUCCCGUCCUAUCGCUCCCCAUACGCCGAAACGUCAAGCAAGGAGUGGAAGAGUCGCGACGAAUGGACACACAAUCAGAAGGACAGGCGAAGUACAAGGAAACAAAUCUUGAUGCGAAGUCUGCACCACCAGGAGCGUGGCCUGAAUCUCCUCUCGGUGCUCAAGCACAACCACAUCAACACAUAG